AUGAUAAAAGCCGCAAAGCGAGCAAUUUAUUCCCAACUGGGAAAUGCGGAUAUUACUGACGAAGAACUUAUUACAGCGUUUCCUGGGGCAGAAGGACUUAUAAAUUCCCGACCAUUGACUUAUCAAUCGAGUGAUCCUAAAGACUGCACACCACUUACACCAAAUCAUUUUUUAUUUGGACAGUUAGGUGGUAAGUUCGCCGCUGAUGCAGUGGAUACUACUUCAUUCAAACCGAAAAGAAGAUGGCGACGAGUCCAAGAAUUAAUAAAACUUUUUUGGCAUCGCUGGAUGAAAGAAUGGUUACCCAUGCUUGGACCACAAAAAAAAUGGAAUAUCGUAAUGGGAGACUUAUCGAUAGGUGACCUGGUAUUGGUGCUCUCCGAAAAUACUUCAAGAGGCAAUUGGCCACUUGGUCGGGUAACUGAGGUUUUCCCUGGAAACGACGGGUUAGUACGUGUCGCUAAUGUUCAAGUUGGGAAGGUUAUCUUGGAACGUCCGAUAACCAAGUUGUGCCCUCUCGAGCCGAAUGAACCAGAAGAUGUUGACCAUUUGGUCAAAAGGGAGGAGUAUGUUCACGAGGCGAUUAGUGUAAAUAAUAGUUUAAUGUAA